AUGGAGAGUUCAGCUUCUAUUGGGUAUAACCCUGCUGAAGUUUUCGGUCCUUAUUAUGAAGACAUUAUUGUUAAACCUUUGCAAAACCUAGGAUUGAGAGAGAACGAUAUCAAAUCCGAGAACAUUCAAUGGUCUCUGCCUCCAAAUUCCUCUGCUCGGACACAAUGGUUAUCUCCAAACUCUGUUUGUGAUCGUAAAAGUAUAUGGGGUUAUUGCUUUUUCACUCAUGAAGAAGAUAGCUUUGAAACAAGCAGCAACUCUGUUUGGAAUACACAAAAUCAGAAUCACGAGCACGAUCGUUUUGCGGGCCCACCUGCGCUCGGUUACCAAUUCACGGGAAUCGAGAACAAUAAUUGGAGUCGAGAAUGGUCGGACUACGAAUUCGACAUAUCGCGAAUUCGAACCAUUCUAAGAGGCGAACAAUGUGAGGAGAAAGAGAAUCUUAUAAACUCUCUCCAAGAACUCGUUUUUACCCUAAUAAACGACGAGAAGAAAUUCCCCGUUUUCAAAAUGCUCGUCGAUGCAUGCAACGACAUUCACUUGGACUUACUAAUGAACACUAUCUUGCUCGGGAGUGAAUUUUUCGUCGAGGCCGCAUUCCUUGAACAAGGAGUCAAAUCGAUAGUCAAACUCAUCAACAAGGUCAAGAAGUCGCGCCACGCCUUUAUCUUGACUCGAAUUCUUUCGACAAGAUUCUUUGAUUUGAUGACCGAUAAUACGGCAAGGAAAGUGAUCCAACAAUGCUUCAUGCUUUUCGGUCAUGAACCUAAUGAGAUACUCUAUGAGAGAACAAUAGUUCAUUGUCGAGAAUUGGCCACGCACAAAAUCGGGUGCAGAUCGUUAAACGAAUGCAUCGACACCAUCACAGGAAGACAAAGGUCAAAACUUCUCAAUGAUAUUGCAGAUGCCUCGGAAUAUCUAUCGAUCGAUCCAUACGGGAAUUAUGUGGUGCAGAAAGUAUUGGAUCUGAAAAACACGGAUGUGACCUCUAGAAUAUUGUGUGUGUUAAGAGGAAAGCAUAUUAUAUUAGCUCGAAACAAAGUCGGCUCAAAUGUAGUUGAAAAAUGCAUGAUGUGCUCGGAAGUUGGGUUGCUCGAUGUUGUUAACGAACUGUUGAGGGAUCCCCAAACACCCUUUCAACUAGCAAAAGAUCAUUUUGGAAACUAUGUAAUUCAGAAUGUCUUGCGCGCGACAAAGGAAUGUGAUUAUUUGAGAGAAAUGUACAAGUCAUUGGUGAAAUUGCUCAAGCCUUACAAGAAAGAACUCGAACGAACGGCGGGUGGAAGGAAUGUGAUGAAUCUUAUUGCCUUAGAAGCUGUCUUGGAUAUUUCUAAUUUGGCAUGUUUUGGUAUUUCAAAUCAUGGAAAUAUUUGCAGAAGGCCUCAGUUUGUUACCACUAUUGUUGUUCAUCAAGCUAUAGCUUCUCCNACAAAACAAAACAAAUGCAUACCAUAA